AUGCUUAUUAACCAUUGCUGUAGACCACCAAAUGAAUUUCAUGCUUAUCUGGGGGACAAUAAUCUUGGGUUGGUGAAGCAAGUGGUGUCAUCAAUGUAUAAACGCAAUAUUCAGAGGUUGACUCAGACAUACCUGACUCUCUCCCUCCAAGACAUAGCGAAUACAGUUCAAUUAAACAGCCCAAAAGAGGCUGAGAUGCAUGUUCUUCAAAUGAUUCAAGAAGGUGACAUUUAUGCUACAAUCAACCAAAAGGAUGGAAUGGUUAGAUUCCUUGAGGACCCCGAGCAAUACAAAACCUGUGAGAUGAUUGAACGCCUCGACUUCUCAAUCCAGAGGAUUAUGAGGCUCUCGACGAAACUAACAACCAUGAAUGAAGUUAUGUCAUGCGACCCUUCUUACCUUGGAAAGGUUGGGAAGGAGCGACAGAGAUUCGAUUAUGAUGAUUUUGAUACCGUUCAUUCUAAGAGUGUCGUCGUCGGCUUCUUCGUUUUCUCGGAUCUCAAACAUUCGCUGCCGUCGAGAUUUUCGUAUUUAGGUGAAUUUUCUCCUCUCGAUCUGCUAUUUUCGUGA